AUGAACGGCUGGGACGAGAAACACAGCCUGGACGACGACGCGUUCGGCGCGAAGGGGAACAUUGUCAGCGCAUUCGAUGCCUUCCCCAAAGCGAAACCUCAAUAUGUAACGCGGACAUCGGGCGGCGGCAAGUGGACUGUUGUCAUGGCGGCCAUAUCUUUCUUUCUCUUCUGGACUGAAGUCGGCCGCUGGUGGCGCGGCUCCGAGACGCAUACCUUCGCUGUCGAGAAGGGCGUGGGUCACGAGAUGCAGAUCAAUUUGGACAUCGUCGUGCGCAUGCACUGCGAUGACCUCCACAUCAACGUACAGGACGCUGCGGGUGAUCGCAUUCUUGCCGCCAGCAUGCUCAAGCGCGACAAGACGAACUGGUCGCAAUGGGUCGAUAACAAGGGUAUUCACCGUCUGGGCAGGGACAGCAAGGGCAGGAUCGUCACCGGCGAGGGAUGGCAGGAAGAGGAAGGUUUCGGAGAGGAGCACGUUCACGACAUUGUCGCGAUCGGCAAGAAGAGGGCCAAGUGGGCAAAGACACCCAGGCUCUGGGGCGAGGGCGACAGCUGUCGUAUCUACGGCAACUUGGACGUCAACAGGGUUCAGGGUGACUUCCAUAUCACGGCGAGAGGUCAUGGUUACAUGGAGUUCGGAGAGCAUCUCGACCAUGCUGCGUUCAACUUCUCGCACAUCAUCUCCGAGAUGUCAUUUGGACCAUUCUACCCCUCUCUCGUCAACCCUCUGGACAGAACCGUCAACACUGCCAGAAUCAACUUCCACAAGUUCCAGUACUACCUCUCUGUAGUUCCUACUGUCUACACCGUGGGCAAGUCAGGUUCUUCCCGCAACACCAUCUUCACGAACCAGUACGCCGUUACCGAGCAGAGCAAGGAAGUUGACGACCACAACAUCCCCGGCAUCUUCUUCAAGUACGACAUUGAGCCAAUCCUGUUGUCUGUGGAAGAAUCUAGAGAUGGCUUCCUCCAGUUCUUGAUGAAGAUUGUGAACGUUGUCAGUGGUGUGCUUGUGGCCGGCCACUGGGGCUACACUCUUACCGAGUGGUUCAAGGAGGUCAGGGGAAGGAGGAGAGAGAGGAGCGAAGGCUUCAUCGGAACGAAGAACUCUGAGUACGACCAGUAG